UCCGGCAGUAGCACCAAACCUGGAAGCCAACAGAUUCCUCAGGGUAACCGGUCAAGCUCUCCUGAGGACUCAAACAUUCUGAGCCAGAAAAGCAGGGGGUCUGGCAACAUGGACCCUGUGCUAAUGACCAGCAUCAAUGGCGAGAAGCCCCAGGAGCCAGGUCCCAGUGGGACCCCAGCUAAAAGAACCCUGCCCUUCAAGAGGGGCGUGAGGAAGGGUGAUGUGCUGUUGAUGGUGGCCAAAUUGGAUCCCGAAUCAGCUAAGCCAGAACAGAGGACCCACCCCCAGGACUCCCCCACCUGUAGGACUGCACCCCCAGCCACAGACCCUGGAGGGGAAAAGAAAGUGGAGACCCCAGGAACUCUUUGUGGCCACCAGGCCAGCACUGAGGAGCCAGACCCGAAGGCUGAAAAGACCCUGACUGGGAGUCUUGGGGGCCCAGGUCAAGGAAAUGUGUCACUGCCAAAAGGCGAGACGGGUCAAAGCUCAGUGGGAAAGGGGGGCAGGGCCCCCCAGACCAAAGGACUUAAAGGGGGUGAGGCCCAGGGGAAUGAGGGCCAGGGGACCAGGUCCCAAGACCAAGGGCCAGGUGAGGGAGGGCAACCAGGGACAGUGGAGAAGAAGGAAGGGGACCCCCAAAACAAGAUGGAAAAGGGGGGUCUCUCCAAGGAUGCAGGGGUUGAAGGGAAGCGAGUUGGGGCUCAAAUCCAGGUGAGAAAGUGGGGAGGUUCCCUGGGCAGAAAGGGCAAGUGGGGCGAUCCCCAGAGUAAGAAGGACAAAGAAGGUGAGCUCCUGAGGAAGGAGAAGGCAGGUGAGCCUCUGAUCAAGCCUGAGAAGAUGGGCAAAGUGCAGGAGAAGGUAGGGAAGCCCCUGAGUAUGACUGAGAAAGCAGCUGAGCCUCAGAGUACGACUGAGAAGGCAGGUGAACCCCAGAUUAAGAUAGAAAAGGCGGGGCAACCUCAGAGUAAGUCUGGGGAAGCAGGUGACACUCUGGAUAAGACAGAGAAGGGCUGUACAGCCCCAAAGGAGGUGGAUAUAAGCGGGAAGUUGGCAGUGGCAGCUGGGAAGGAGAACGGGCCAGAAAUCAGAAGGCAAAAAGCAGAGGGGCCCAGCCCAAGAGCAGACAUUGGGCCCAAGGCCCUGGAGACGGAGCUGGAAGGACCUGGACCUGGUUUGGAGAACCAUGUGGAACGGCCUCAGACACAGGAGCAGAACCAAGAGGGGCCAUCCCUGCAGGAGGGGGACACAAGAGGCCACAGCAGAGACUUGGACCAGGCCCCUGAGGACAGAUGGUACGAGGCAGAGAAGGUCUGGCUGGUUCAGAAGGACGGAUUUACUCUUGCAACCGUGCUGAAGCCAGAUGAAGGAACAGCCGACCUGCCGGCAGGAAGGGUGCGACUUCGCAUCGAUGUAGACAAAACCAUCACAGAGGUGGAUGAGGAGCACGUUCACCGGGCCAACCCUCCCGAGCUGGACCAGGCUGAGGACUUGGCCACCCUCAUCAGUGUGAAUGAAUCCAGUGUCCUGAACACGCUUCUGCACCGCUGCCGAGCUCAGCUGCCACACACCUGUGCAGGGCCUGAUCUGAUCGUCCUCCAGCCCUGGGGACCCGUGGCACCCUCUGCAGGGAAGGUGCCCUGGUGCCGCUGGGAUGGUCUGCCUGCCCACAUCAACUCCCUGGCCCAGCGGGCGUACUGGGAGCUGCUGAGCCAUCGGAGAGACCAGAGCAUCGUGGCCCUGGGACGGAGUGGCGCUGGGAAGACCACCUGCUGUGAGCAGGUCCUGGAGCACCUGGUGGGGCUGGCAGGCAGUGUGGAUGGCACGGUCUCAGUGGAGAAGAUCCGCGCCACUUUCACUGUGCUCCGGGCUUUCGGCUCCAUGUCCACGGGCCACAGCCGCAGCGCCACCCGGUUCACCAUGGUGAUGUCGCUGGACUUCAGCGCCACAGGCCGUGUCACAGCCGCUCAGCUCCAGACAAUGCUUUUGGAAAAGAGCCGUGUGGCGCGGCAGCCAGAAGGGGAAGGCAACUUUGAGAUUUUCUCCCAGAUGCUAGCUGGAUUGGACCUGGAUCUCAGGACGGAGCUGUACCUGCACCAGAUGAGAGACAGCACCUCCUUUGGCAUGGGCGUGUGGUCCAAGCCUGAAGACAAGCAGAAGGCGGCGGCUGCCUUUGCCCAGCUCCAGGGUGCCAUGGAGACACUGGGCAUCUCAGGAAGUGAGCAGCGAGCCAUUUGGCGGGUGCUGGCAGCCAUCUACCACCUGGGCGCGGCGGGGGCCUGUAAAGUGGGCCGAAAGCAGUUCAUGCGGUUUGAGUGGGCAAACCGUGCAGCCGAGGUGCUGGGCUGUGAGUACGAGGAGCUGAACAGGGCCACCUUCAAGCAUCACCUGCAGCAGAUCAUUGAGCAAGUGAAGUCUGGGUUGAGUCGACGUGGCCUUGAGGAUGAGGAGACAAGUUCAGGGCUCAAGAUGACAGGUGUUGAGUGUGUGGAGGGGAUGGCCUCGGGCCUGUACCAGGAGGUCUUUGCUGCCGUGGUCUCACUCAUCAACAGAUCCUUCUCCUCCCACCACCUCUCCAUGGCCUCCAUCAUGGUGGUGGACUCGCCAGGCUUUCAGAACCCCCGGCACCAGGGCAAGGACCGUGCGGCCACCUUUGAGGAGCUGUGCCACAAUUACACCCACGAGCGCUUGCAGCUGCUUUUUUACCAGCGGACCUUCGUCUCCACGCUGGAGCGAUACCGGGAGGAAAGUGUUCCUGUGCAAUUUGAUCUUCCGGAACCAUCUCCAGGGACCACGGUGGCAGUCGUAGAUCAGAACCCCUCUCAGGUCCGCUUACCAGCUGGAGGUCGUGCUGAAGACAAGGGCCUUUUCUGGGUCCUGGAUGAAGAGGUCCGGGUGGAGGGCUCCAGCGAUAACGUGGUUCUUGAGCGUCUGUGUGCGGCCUUUGAGAAGAAAGGAACUGGGGCUGAAGAGUCCUCUGCCCUGCGCGCUUGUGAGCAGCCUCUCCAGUGUGAGAUUUUCCACCAGCUGGGACAGGACCCUGUGCGCUACGACCUCACCGGCUGGAUCCACAGGGCCAAGCCCAACCUUUCAGCCCUGGACGCCCCCCAAGUCCUACAUCAGUCAAAAAGAGAGGAGCUACAGAGCCUGUUCCAGACCCGGGCCAAGCUGCCCCCCAUCUGCCAGGCUGUGGCAGGCCUGGAGGGCACCUCCCAGCAGGCCUUACAGCGGAUCUGCGCCAUGAGGAAGACGUUUGCCAGCAGCUUGGCUGCAGUGAAGAGAAAGGCUGUGUGCACCCAGAUCAAGCUGCAGAUGGAUGCACUGACCAGCCUGAUCAGACGGUCUCAGUUACAUUUCAUCCACUGCCUGGUGCCCAACCCAGUGGUGGAAAGCAGGGGCAGGCAGGGGUCUCUGACUCCACCCCAUCUUGGGGUAGACAAGCCCAGAGCUGGUGGGCCCCAGGCCCCAGACAUCCCAGCACUGAGGGUCCAGCUCGCGGGGUUCCAUAUCCUGGAGGCACUUCGUCUGCACAGGACAGGCUAUGCUGACCAUAUGGGCCUCACUCAGUUCCGCCGGCAGUUCCAGGCCCUGGACCCUCCACUCAUGAGGUCACUCAUGUCAGCCUCCGAGGGAACAGACGAGAGGAAGGCUGUGGAGGACCUCCUGCAGACCCUGGAUCUGGAGAAGAAGGCAGUGGCCGUGGGGCACAGUCAAGUUUUCCUCAAGGCGGGUGUGGUCUCCAGGCUUGAGAAGCAGCGGGAGAAGCUGGUGUCUCAGACCAUCAUGCUCUUUCAGGCAGUCUGUAAGGGCUUCCUGUCUCGCCAGGAAUUCAAAAAGCAUAAGCUUCGCCGCCUGGCUGCCCAGUGCAUCCAGAAGAACGUGGCGGUGUUCCUAGCAGUCAAGGACUGGCCGUGGUGGCGGCUCCUCAGUUCCCUCCGGCCCCUGCUGAGUGCUACCAUCGGGGAGGAGCAGCUCCGAGCCAAAGAGGAGGAGCUUACAAUGCUGAGACAGAAGCUAGACAAAUCAGAGAAGUCGCGGAAUGAACUCCGGCAGAAUGCAGACCUGUUAGAGAGCAAGAUUGCUGACUUGACGACAGAGCUCGCUGAUGAGCGCUUCAAAGGUGACGUGGCCUGCCAGGCUCUGGAGAGCGAGCGGGCAGAGCGGCUGCGGGCCUUCCGGGAAGUCCAGGAGCUGAAGAGCAAGUAUGAGCAAGUACAGAAGAAUUUGGGAGAAGUGGAGAAGAAGUUGGAAGAAGCCCAGCAGAAAAUUCAGUUAAAUGACUUGGCAAGAAGUCACACUGGAGGAGCUGACGAAUGGCAAAUGCGCUUCGACUGUGCACAGAUGGAAAACGAGUUCCUCAGAAAGCGUCUACAGCAAUGUGAGGAGAGGCUGGACUCAGAGAUUACAUCCAGGAAAGAACUGGAACAGAAGCUUGGGGAGCUGCAAAGUGCUUACGAGGGGGCCAAGAAGAUGGCUAACCAGCUAAAGAGGAAGUGCCACCAUCUGACCUGUGACCUGGAGGACACCCGUGUCCUGCUUGAGAACCAGCAAAGCCGAAACCACGAGCUAGAGAAGAAGCAGAAAAAGUUUGAUAUGCAGCUGACCCAGGCCUUGGGUGAGUCUGUGUUUGAGAAGGGUCUCCGGGAAAAAGUAACCCAGGAGAACACCAGCGUCCGGUGGGAGCUAGGCAAGCUUCAGCAGCAGUUGGAGCAAAAGGAGCAGGUCACCUUGCAGCUGAAGCAGGAGGUGGAGAGGCUACAGGCCCAUAAACAGGAGCUGCUGAGGUCUCCCUCAAUGGGGCAAAAUGGCGUUGCUGAUUUAAAGGAGAGGCUUUGGAAGAUGGAAUCCAGUGCCCUCGAGCAACAGAAAAUCCAGAACCAGCAGGAAAACACCAUCAAGCAGCUGGAGCAGCUUCGUCAGCGGUUUGAGCUGGAGAUUGAGCGGAUGAAGCAGAUGCACCAGAAGGACCGCGAGGACCAGGAGGAGGAGCUGGAGGACAUCCGCCAGUCCUGCCAGAAGCGGCUCCGUCAGCUGGAAAUGCAGCUAGAGCAAGAAUAUGAGGAGAAGCAGAUGGUCCUCCAUGAGAAGCAAGACUUGGAAGGCUUGAUUGGAACCCUCUGUGAUCAGAUUGGCCAUCGGGACUUUGACGUGGAGAAGCGUCUUCGGAGGGAUCUCAGGAGGACCCACGCGCUCUUGUCAGACGUGCAGCUCCUUCUUGGGACCAUGGAGGACGCUAAGACGUCAGUCAGCAAGGAGGAACUAGAGAAAGUGCACAGCCAGCUGGAACAGAGUGAAGCCAAGUGUGAGGAUGCCUUGAAGACCCAGAAGGCGCUGACUGCAGACCUGGAGAGCAUGCACAGCGAGCUGGAGAACAUGACCCGGAACAAGAGCCUGGUGGAUGAGCAGCUGCACCGGCUGCAGUUUGAGAAGGCAGACCUCCUGAAGCGCAUUGACGAGGACCAGGAUGACCUGAAUGACCUCAUGCAGAAGCACAAGGACCUCAUUGCCCAGUCUGCUGCUGACAUUGGGCAGAUCCAAGAAAUGCAGCUACAGCUGGAGGAAGCCAAUAAGGAGAAGCACAAGCUUCAAGAACAACUUCAGGUGGCUCAGACGCACAUCGAGUACCUAGAGCAGUCCACAGUGGAUAGAGCCAUCGUCAGCAGGCAGGAGGCGAUCAUCUGUGACCUGGAGAACAAGACAGAGUUCCAGAAAGUCCAGAUUAAGAGAUUUGAGGUCCUGGUGAUCCGGCUCCGAGACAGCCUGAUCAAGACGGGCGAGGAGCUCUCGCGGGCGGCGGCCUCCGAGUCCCAGCAGCGAGAGAGCAGCCAGUACUACCAGCGGCGCGUGGAGGAGCUGAAGGCCGACAUGGAGGAGCUAGUGCAGCGGGAGGCAGAGGCCAGCCGGCGCUGCAUGGAGCUGGAGAAGUAUGUGGAGGAGCUCUCAGCAGUGAGGCAGACCCUCCAGACAGACCUUGAGACGUCCAUCAGAAGGAUUGCUGACCUGCAGGCGGCCUUGGAAGAGGUGGCGUCCAGCGACAGUGACACAGAAAGUGUCCAGACGGCAGUGGAUUGUGGUGGCAGUGGCAGAAAAGAGGUGGAUAAUGUCUCCACCUUCAGCUCCCAGCCAGAGAGCAGUCUGCAGUCUUGGUUGAGCUGUACUCUGUCCCUGGCCACAGACACCAUGAGGAGCCCCUCUCGACAGUCAGUCAUCAGUAGCCACACCCUCAGCCCCAGGACGAACGAGGAGGCUGGGGAUGCCGAGAGGGCCCGAGCGGCGUCAGUGCUGAGUGGAGCCCGCCGCAAGACCCCUGGAGACCAGUCUCCCCUCUCCUCCCGCCAGCAGAAGUUCCGCCAUUUGGGGGAUGGCGAAGGGUUUGGCACCCAGAGGAAGAGCAGGGAGAAAUUAGAAGCUCUGUCUUCUUCCCCGUCUUGCCAGAGCAGAGAGACAUCCCCACUGUCUGGGGCAAAGCUGCCAAGUCCUUCAGCGGCCCUCUCUGAGUUCGUGGAAGGCCUCCGGAGGAAGAGAGCUCAAAGGGGACAGGGGUCCCCUCUGGGCCUGGAGGACUGGCCCACGCUCCCCAUCUACCAGACCACUGGGGCGUCCACGCUACGGAGGGGCAGGGCCAGGAGUGACGAGGGCGACCUCUCGCUGAGGCUUGGGGCCAAGUCACCCUUGGAAAUGGAGGGCGCCACGGGUCUCCCAAGGUCCACCAGCCUGAAGUGCAUCUCCUCUGACAGCAUUCGGUCCACCACGCCACCACCAGAGAAGCUGAAGACCCGGUUCAGUUCCUGCGAGUCCCUUCUAGAGUCAGGAUCGAGCUCGGGGAGGAAGCUGAGCUCCUUGGCCACAUCCAGGGAUGUGCUCUUGUCCCCCACGCUGCGUCCUCGGAGGCCAUGUCUGGAAUCCUCCCUGGACGACGCCAGCUGCCCAGACCUGGGGAAGGAGCCGCUUGUUUUCCAGAACCGCCAGUUCACCCAUCUCAUGGCGGCACCUCCAGGCAGCGACCCGUUCAGCUGGAAGCUCCCGAGCCUCAGCUACCAACACAAGACCAAAGAGAAUUUCGAUGACUUCCUCCCAGCCAUCCGGAAGCCUGAGACUCCCAUCUCCUUGUCCAGAGCGGCCAAGGACAGACGAGACAGCUCACAGCUUGCCAGCGUCCACUUUGAGACGGAAGAGGCAGACUGCUCCCUCCUCUCGGGGAUCCACACCACUUUGCCAAAGAUCCCGGAGCCCAGGGAAGACCCCGCUCACCUCUCUGACUCAUCCUCAUCCUCCAGCUCCAUCGUGUCCUUCAAAAGUGCCGACAGCAUCAAGAGCCGGCCAAGAAUCCCAAGACUCGAGGGUGAUGGUGGGGAGCGAACAUCACCGGAGCACAGAGAGCCGGGGGCGGGGAGGAAGGAGGAUGACGUUGAGAGCAUAAUGAAGAAGUAUCUCCAGAAGUAGGAACCAGUCAAGCUCUGACCUGCGUUUGCUUCCAGCUUCCUGAGAUGCAGCAGCCUUUGAAGACUUCCCUACCGCACAGCAGUUUGGAGAGAGAGAGAGAGAAACCGGCCAGGCCUUGCCAGGUGCCCUCAGUGCAGAGCCAGCCAGCACGACCAUCCUCAAGAGGGAGACGGGCUCCCAUGGGGGCACAUCCCGUGGGGGCAUGGGGCUCCUGGUAUGCUUGGUCUGUGUGAAAUAAAGUGCUGGCUCCUCGGCCUUCAUGCCUUU